AUGCCUGUCGAGAUUCGGAGCAAUUCGAGAUAUAGCAGCCUUACUGACAUCAAUCUUUCAGACAACGAGCUCCUUGGUAUCAUUCCUGAAGAAUUUGGUACGUUUAAAAACCUUCAAACCCUAGAUUUGACCAACAAUGACCUCGAAGGUGGUAUCCCAGUUUCAUUUAGAAACUUGGGCAAGAUACGGGAACUUUCCCUAUCUGGGAACAAUCUCAACCAAGACCUUCCUAGUUUUUUCAGCAACUUGCCACAGAUGUCGUUACAGGUUCUUGAUUUAUAUGGGAAUCAACUAAGCGGUUCUUUGCCUGAUUUUACAACAUUCACAUCUCUCAAGGAACUGUACCUUGGACAAAAUCAGUUGAACGGAUCUUUCCCACGAAAAUUUGAAAAAAUCUCGAAUCUAUCGAUCCUUGAUUUGGCGGAUAAUAGUAUCAACGGAUUGCUUCCUGAUCUUUCUGCCUUAGCUUCAUUGCGGGAGUUGUAUUUUGAAAGAAACCUAUUAAAUGGAACUCUAGCUGAAAAGUUAGAUCCUCUCUCCAUGCUCGAGUCUUUGGGAGCAUCUUCGAAUUUCUUUCAAGGAACGAUAUCUGAAACGCAUGUAGCUAAUCUUUCUCGUUUGAGAUACCUUGAUUUGUCGAAUAACUCCCUGGCUAUAGAAAUCGGUUCCAAUUUGUCUGCAACUUUUCAACUCGAAACCAUCUCGUUGUCAUCCUGCAAACUCGGGAGUUCUUUCCCGAGAUGGCUAAGAACUCAAACAAACUUCUCCGUGCUUGAUAUAUCUAAUACCGGAAUCAAUGAUUCCGUCCCCAAUUGGUUUUGGGAAUCGUUAAUUCCAGGCGUUCGAUACUUAAAUCUCUCCUCGAACCAGAUCCAUGGGAUGAUUCCGGAUUUGGAUUUUAUAUCCGGUAACCAACCUAUAAUCGAUAUGAGCUCAAAUAACUUCUCAGGUAACUUACCUUUGUUUCCUCUUGACAUCGUUACUCUAAAGCUCAAUGACAACAUCUUAUCCGGAUCGAUUUCUUCCUUGUGUAACCUGACUACUUUAAGCCGUCUUGAUCUUUCUAAUAACAAACUCUCAGGAGAGCUUCCAAAUUGCUGGAACACUCUUAAUAACCUGGCUAUUCUCAACCUUGAAGACAAUGGAUUUAUUGGGGUAGUGCCUGAAUCCAUGGGGGCCCUGGAGUUUGUUUCUAUGAUAAGUAUUCGAGGCAAUAGUUUGACAGGGGAGCUGCCAGCAUCCUUAAGAAACUGCACUUCGUUGCUACUUCUUGAUCUUGGAGAAAACCAACUGUCGGGGAAGAUACCGGAAUGGUUAGGGGAAAGCUUGUCAUUGCUGCUUGUUCUUAGCUUACAGUCGAAUCAGUUUCAUGGAGCCAUUCCUACAAGCUUAUGGAUGAGUAUGAGGGAUAGAGGUACCUUGCGAUCAAGUUUUGAGUACAAUGCAGUGGGGUUGGUACGAACAAGACUAGCUGUCAGAGCAAGGGUUGUGUUUAAAGUGUUACUGCAAUGGAAAGGAAGGCGAUCAGAGUAUCAAAAUACGUUGCGUCUUGUCGUUAGCCUUGAUCUUUCUAGCAAUAGACUAACAGGCGAAAUCCCAGGUGAGAUGACGAGUCUUUUGGGUCUCAUUGCCUUGAAUCUUUCGAGAAACUCGUUAUCCGGAUCAAUACCUCAAGACAUCGGUCGUCUGGGUCAGUUGGAUUUUCUUGAUCUAUCGAGAAACAACCUGGGUGGAGGAAUCCCUACAAGCCUUGCACAAUUGAGCUAUCUAGGGUUCUUGGAUUUGUCCUUUAACAACUUGUCCGGAAGAAUCCCAAAGAGCACGCAGUUACAGAGCUUCAACGGGUCGUCAUAUGCUGGAAAUUCUAAUCUUUGUGGGGUUCCGCUGCUGAACGUAUGCCCUGGUGAUGAGGCAAGAAGUACAAACCAAGAUAUUUCAGAACAAGAAUCCGAUGAUGAUAAGUUAGAUAAGCGAUUCAUUGUUAGCGUUGUGGCUGGUGUUGCCUUUGGGUUUUGGGGUUUUUGUGGGUCGUUGAUUCUCAAACAUUCAUGGAGACAUGCCUAUUUUGGGUUCUUGAAUGUCGUCAUUAACUCGUUUCUUCUAAGACUAGAGCUGAGUUUCGCUAGGCUCCGGAGGCAAACAUCACCUUAA